AUGCAAAGUUUAAAUAACAUAUUAAUUAAAGAAAUAUUUAGCAAUUUAAAACCAAAUCAAUUGUUUUAUAAUAAUGGUGAUUGUCAUACCUUUAACAAUCAAUAUGUGUCAUCACUUAGAUACUCAAUAUUAAAUAUAGCAUUGGUAUCUUGGAAAUGGUUUACAUCUCUAUCAUCGUUGAUCAACCAUUUGGAGAUUCGGUUCUCUAUCGAUGACACUUGCGAGGUUGAAAUCUAUAAUAUGAGUAGGAAUUACAACAGAUUCAAAGAUCAGAAAACGUUAGAGUUGAAACAGUUUAGCAGGACUCUUUGUUCGAAGUUCAGUUUGUUGCGAGCUUCAAAUAUCAGUAACCUAAUCAUCAGAGAUGUCUAUCCGUGGAGCAAGAGUUUUGAACCGGUGCUAAAGACACUCUAUGCAGGCGAGCAGCUAAAGAAAGUCACCGUUCAAGCAGAGAUAGUCCUACUCCAAAGCUUUAUCACCAAACACCCGCAUAAGAAUCGAUUUCAAUACUGUGUUGUUCCUACCAUUACCAAUGACCUAGUUUAUCGAGAUGUUCUAGCUUCUAUCAAGUAUCUAAGUCGGCCGAGUAACAACAUCGAUUGGUUGGAAACCAUCUAUGAAUGUACAUACGAAACACCGAUGAGCACAAGCAUCGAAAUACUCAAGGAAAUGGAAAAGUUACAACCAAAUACACCAACAAACUAUUCAAUUUCCUCUUCAUCGAUGCAAUCGAAUGAUGGUUCGAUAAACGUUGGUAGAUUAAAUAGCAUCUACAAGUUGGAGUUGAAUCGCUUUCACCCUUUGGCAAUCGCCGAAAUCAUCGGUGGAAUGCCAUCAUUGAAGAUUCUCAAGAUCUCGGUAACGAUGUGUCAGCAGGAAGGGAACAAACAGUACAUCGAGGAAUCAAAGAUAUUCUUUGACCGACUUAAAGCGAAUGAAACGAUCGAGUCGUUCGCCAUCAAAGAAAUCUCUGGUUAUAAGAGAUCUAAUCAACGACCAGGAAUAGAAUCCUUUGCAAAUCAAUUCGGUGAUCUACUCGCAGUCAAUCGAUCUAUAACCAAGUUGAAGCUUGAUCAUUUCUUUCAUUUCAACACUAUGUUCUUCGAAUCAUUAUCAACGACAAACACACUAAAGAGAUUGCAACUUACACUUUUUGAUCAUGUCAUGUGUGAUAAGUUGUUUGCUGCACUUCAAGAGAAUAAUAGCAUCGAAGAUCUGUGUCUCAGUUCAGUAUAUAAUGGAUUGAACGAAGAUCUUAUCGAACGACCACUAGCCAAACUUAUAGAAUCGAACCACAAUCUCAACAAAGUAAAAGCAAGAUAUAUAAAAAUGACAGGCACCUAUUUAUUAAAGUCACUUAAAAUGGAUUCAAAUACUUUAAAACAUUUAUUCGUUUGUAAUGAUACUGGUCUUUGA